AUGGCAUCCAUGAGCAUUCCUGGCGAAAGGGAUGUUGUCUGGUAUUGGACCUUGGUAGUCUUAAUAGGGAUAACAACAGUCUUCGGUAAUACACUUGUUAUAUAUCUCAUCAUUAAACGACCAUCUCUUCAUGUCACAGCCAACUGGUUCAUCCUUUCCCUUUCAUUCGCGGAUUUGUUGGUUGGUCUUGCGGUAAUACCUACAUAUAUUAUCCACACAUUCUGGAUACCUCUAAACAUUCAUGCGCUAAUAACAUUCUACAAUCUGGUUCUUUACGUCUCAGUUGGAAACCUGUGUGUUAUGACUGGCGAUAGAUACCUUGCUAUCACCAGACCUCUAAGAUACUGCAUCGUGAUGACUCGUUCUAAAGUCGUGACAAUGAUAUCUAUUUCGUGGAUAAUACCAACAUUUAUUUCCCUUUUGCCCAGUUUGUUGUGGGAAAAGUCGCUUGUUAACAGCAGAGACAAAGCAAAAAGAGUAUACACGGGAGUUGUGAUACUCUUCCUUGAAAUAACUCCAUGUUUCAUGAUGGUUCUCGUAUACUGCCAUCUGUAUGUGAUAACGCGAGCGCAUUCCCGCCGAAUAGCAGCGCAAGAAAGUGUUCAACAAAGAUAUUGUGACCGUAUAAUUCCAAAGAAAAGGCGGCAAAGAAGUAGAGAAAGAUCCAAUCUCAAAGUGUUUGCCUCAGUGGUCUUGUUGUUCAUCUUCUGUUGGCUUCUAUCAGCGUACCGUGGAUUUUGCGACGUGUUCGGAUUGUGUACAGUUACAAUCAAGAUUGUUCGGAUUUCCAGGAUUUUGAUUUUUUUAAAUUCUGCUGUAAAUGUCAUAGUGUAUUCAUUUGUUAAGCGGGACAUAAGAGUCGAGUUAAAGCGAUUGUUUGGACGUCGUUCAAGCCAUGAAUCACUUGACUUUGGCUUGUGUCAAGUGAAGGAGUCAGCAUUUGCUAAAAACGUGGUUGAGAUUGGAACAGUCACACCUCCUUCGUACGUUCGAACAUGACUUUGCUAAAGAUGACGCUUUGGCCGUUUAUCGAUAUUCCUCGAUCUUUACACUUUGUGUCACGAAUCUUAUUGAAAGUAUUAUCUGAAGUUUCUGCGGGGGACGUUUUGGUUGUUUAAGAGUAAAGUUGCUUUUCUCGGGUGUCUUGAUAUUUUUGUCAAGGUUGCAAUUGGUGAGUGGCUAUUGCGUACCGAUCCGGCGUUCUCUCAAAUUACUAAGUAACGUACCUGGUGCAGAACUGGAAAUAGGUCACUGCAGCAAAAUUGUUAUAAUUAAAAUCUAUCAUAUGACUAAGGCAUUUAUAGUUCUGUAAUUGGUCUCUAUACGGACAGAAAAAAAGAAAACGCUUCCUUCUGAACGUUAAUUUUCUGUCGCUCCAAGUGCGUCAAUCUCGUGCGCCAAAAACACUAUCUAUAAAAUCGUUGGUCAGACAGCUAUUUCUUUAGGGGUGACACUUGGAAAUUUUUAACUGAUGCAACUGAUUGCAAUAGGUCACAUUGAUAUUGCGAUAGUAUUACGAUAGUUUUCAGAAAUAUCUGUUUCGGUCAUACAAUACACUCAGGUAGUCUAUGGAGCACAGAGCCAAUUGGUAUUUACUUAAUUUAAUGAGUUUUUUCAUGAACACGGGAACAUUGCAGUAGAGUUUAAACAACCUUUGGUAAAACCAAAUAAAAAGUUGAACAAGCACUCUGGUCAUGACUUAAACAGUCAAACUGUUGUCGCCAAAGCUGUUCAAGAAUCAACAAGCUAAAACAUUCUAGGUGCAAAAGGACAGCAGAUUGUUUUUAAUUUCUUUUUUUCCGUUAUUGUGACCUUCAGAAUCAAAGAUGGGUGAAAAAAGGCGUCCAUAUUUUCCAAAGUAAAAAUGUUAGAAGUAGAAACUAUCCAAACUAUUCAUAAUUCGCUCACUAUUGCGACUGUUAUCGAUGUUUCAUUUUUACUAUAGAUCCAUCGCUAUUGCAGAGUUAAUAUCGCGAUUAAUCGAUAGUUCGAUGUAUUGUUACAGCCUUAUAUUUCUUCUCCCACAAAGGGAUCCCGAAAAUUUAAAAGCCCAAAAAUGGACGGGUCAUUAUGUCGGCAAAAAAAAAAGCAAGUAUCCGUACUUGCAGUACGUACCGACCUAAGAACUCGCCCAGUAAAUGGGCUUAUAUAUAUUAGGCAACCGCAUGUUCAUCAUCACGAACAUCCUCAAUUGUUUUCUAACUUUGCUGAACAAAUUGCCAACCAUUUGUUCCCUUCCUCUCGAAGGACAUUCAUCCUAAAGAAACAUCAGACUCUGGGGGACGUGAACGCACAAAAAAAGAGAAAAAGGAGCUACAGUGCGCUUGCGCAGUUACAAAAAAAGUUAAGGGGGGCUGAUGAAUGUUUUUAACUUAACAUUUCCAAACAAAGAAACAGGAGCCAAUCGACAGUGAGAAUGGCAAGACAAUUUUGGACAGGGUUUAUAGAUAUGCUGGAACCAAUGAGAGGUUUAGGGUUCCAAGCAUUCAGUACCUCUGCAUCAUCGAAUCCCAACAGACUUUCAAAAACAACUAACUCUUACUGCGGCGCUUUCGUUGCGUGCGUUGGGUCACGGGGGGACUGGAAAAGUGCAGCAAUACAAAUUUCCUUUUAUUUCAUAAAAAAUAAAUUAAAGAAAAGAAUGCAAAGAACAAAAAGAAAAAAUUAAGCAAGAAAAAUUUAAGUGAUACACGUGUCUGUCUCCAAAUUGAAUCAGGGCUUUGUCGUAAUUUUGAGAUAAUUUUUUAAUUAGGCUAUUUUCGAGUUGCCCUAAGCUUCUGUUUGAAAGCGAGGCUAAAUGCGAAGUUUAUUCUCGUGCAAAUAAAACUCAUUCUCAUUUUUACAAGAAAGGUUUCGCACUUAACCUCGUUUUGAACGGUUGAGUUUUUAAAACUCGGUAAUGGUCCUAUUGUGUUUCAGAGAAUUUGUAUGGGUAAUAGUAUGACAAUGACCUCCAGUCCCGUGUGUUCGCCCUAUAUACCUUGUCUCUUAACUUCUUGGACUAUUACAUUCCUUUACAAGUAAAUAAAACGGGUUACAUUCAAGACUCUUUUUGUAACUUCUCCAUGUAAUUUUUCAGUCAUAGAUGCACUAUGUAUUUUAUCCUGUCAGUUGCUCAGACGGUUCAGUUCUAACGUUAAUUAUUUUCAGUUUGUAGGUGAAACUCCUAAGUGAUUGUUCACACGCAAGACAUACUAGUAUCCCGGCGACUGACUGAUACCGCAAAAAAAACUCCUCUAAAAUUCGGUUAACCCUAAUCAAAGACCCUCCCCUUACUGGAAAACGAAGGACAGCUCAGCUAAUCGGGACGGGUUAGGGUUAGGGUUAGGGUUAACAUCUGUCUGCCACACUUGCGCCUCCCUGAAGUCGUUUCCAAGCUCCUUGAUCAAGUAGUCGUCUGACGAUCCCCCAGAGGUCGUAGGCGUCUCCUUUGCUGCUGACGUGAUCAAACGCUACCGUCAGUUGAUCCUAGUGCUGCGAGAAUGCACCACGUCCUUCACUGCUUCCUGCUUGGUACAUGACCAGAAACACAAUACCCUCAGUGACGCCCUCACACAACUAACUGUCGAUCUCCACCCACUUGACGGCCCAAGAGCAAUUAUACGUGUAGAUCCCUCUCCUCGCUUUCAGUCCAUGGCUAAAAACGACUCUCUCAACCACCUGAACGUCACAAUCGAUGUCGGUCGCGUUAAGAACAAAAACAAGAACCGAGUAGCUGAGAAGGCUGUCCGUGAACUUGAGGAAGAGCUCAUCAGAAAAGAGCCCGAUGGCAGACCAGUAAGUGCAGCUGGCCUUGCUCUCGCCACUGCCCUCUCGCGAGUAGUGGACUCAACGCAAUCAGUUCACCCACGAACAGUUGCCGUUGUCUGA